UAUGUUUUCUAAUCCUUUUAUAUAAGCCUUGUCCUACCCUACAUAGGUUACAGCUUGGUUGACAUCGUUUUUUGCUAACUUUAGAAAAAGCAUUGAGGAAAAACGCACUGUAAAACCGUCUAUGGUUUCAGGUUUAGCCUUUCCAGCUGUAAUGUCGAAAGACUGUAGCAAGUCUUGAUGAUCCAGAUGGAAGGGGGCGGACACAUUCCGAGAACCCCACAACGGGGUCUUUUAAGGAGUUUUGGCUUUAAUACAGCUAACGAUUGUUUUGAACGAAUGCAUUGAAGACCCGCAGAAGAAAAUGACCAGCGAAGUUGAACCCGAGGAGCCCGAGGUUUGUGUCGCUGCUCCGGCGGUUGCUGCAGCGCAGAGCGCGAGCGGCUCGGGCGAGGCCGGGACAUUACUGGAAGUUAAUUUCCAGAAGAACCACAGACAAAAAUACAAAUACCUGGAGGCAGAACCCAAGAUUUUAGGGGUCACCGAGAUCGCGCUCACCGUCUUCUUCGUUGUUAGCAAAAUUUCGUUUUAUGUACGACUGUCUGAGUUAUAUAGAUUCAUGCUGGGGUUGUCAUGUGUUGGCAUUAUUUCUGGCAGUGUGGCCAUUGCAUCGCAGAAACUUCACCUGCCAACAAUUAAGGCCUGUUUGGGAAUGCAGGUGGUCACAUGUGUGGCAUAUACCUUCUGUUUUCUGGGAACUGUUGCUGAGCCAUAUUCAGAGACCAUUGGCUGCUGGUAUAAUUUUAAUCACAGCGAGAUAACACAUGAAAACGACUUAUGCCUACAAAUAGAGAAAGGAUUUAGUCUACAGUAUUCAAUAGAUCAGCUGGUGGAGGUAACUCAGAUUGUCCUCUCCAUCACAAUAGCUGCGUACUGCUGCAAAGUGAUUCCCUGCUGCGCUCCCAGAUCUCAUGUGCCUGUCAUCGUUAUGACGUCACCCACAGCUGCGCAAUGAAAGUGGGAGUGUGUGCAUCCAAAAAGACUAAUAAUACUAAUAUAAAACUCAAUCUUACAACACAUUAUGAAAUGUUAUUACAUUAUACCAAACAUAUCACUAAUAUAUCUAUAUACAAAUAUUUAGAGAACAUUAAAACAUCUUGUCUUUAAACAGUUUUUUUUAAAUGUCUUUGUCUCAGACCUACAUCUUAAUUAACAUAACUGUGUAUGAAUAUAUAUUCCAAUCAAUUUUACAAUACAAUAACAUAUAAAACUAAUAAAAAAAGUUAUUAAAAUUGAA